CAAAAUAAAACGUUCUGAUAACUACAGACGUGUCAUUAAUAGGUCAGCUGAUUUUAUACAAAGUGUAAAACUCACGUUUACUAACUGGCAAAGGACUUUGUGUUUUCUACAAGUUACUCAGACGUGCGUCCUGAACACAAUACACGAGGGGUAGUAGGCUCAAAGAUAUCGGUCCUACUCGUCAGCUGUACGUAUUUUUCUUCACUGUGUUCAUUCGACAAGCACGGGAUUCGUACGGCAAAUACCUCCGUUUCCUUGUGCCCAAAUAUCGCGUCGCGAGCACACAAAAACGACAGUACAAUAAUAUAAUAUUAUCUUGUGCCCAUACAAUGUAAUGUGAUUGUUAUCCGAAGGGUAAAAGGAAUCUUUUAGGCACGCAACAUGUGUUCGCUCGAGCGCGUGUGUCUCGAAACGCGUUCCUUUUGAACUGCUGCUGUCCCGCCUCCUCUACCGCUCCACCGCCUUUUCUACCUCACAGUAAACACGAACAACUGGAUUUGCCACGAAAAAUAACUACACUCGCCGUUUCAGCUGCUGUCCCUAGUGCGGCGUGGCCGUUGUCAGCCGGUGGCAAAACUGGAAACCACGCAACACCAUCGACCAUUGCCAAACGCUAAUGCUAUGCAACCGGUCAGCUUUUUGCUAAAUUUCUGAUACUUCUCCUGAACCUCCCGAGUUUAAAUCGGCCAUUGAUUAUUCCACAUGGUCGUAUCCCCUCAGAUUUAAAUCGAUUUAAAUUUAAUAGCUAGUUUUCGUAAAAAAAAAUGGCUCAUCAUCUGUUGAAUAUCGCAAGGUGUCUUUUUGAUGCACACGAAGUACGACCAUCGACGUACCUCCUACAUCGGCCCCGUCAACGUAGAUAUAAUGCAGGGUGAACGCUACUCGCCAUUAUGUACAGCCACAUCACUCCCUCUCUUAUUGGGCACAUUCGACCACCUGCCACCGACGAAGGCCGCAGGCCCAUUCUGCGGGUUUACUGCUCAAUCGUUUACUGUGUCGUUCGCGUACUGCACCGGUGUUGAUCGGUUGUCGUCGGGCUCGUUUUGUUUCUUUUUUCACCCACGGCUCAUAUCUAAUAUGGGCCGCUUGGACGACGACAUGAAUCAAUUAGACCAUCAUCUCAACUUGAUGUUGGACGCCAUCGAACGAAUAGAGCGAAACAGGUGUCCAGGUGGAUGGCGGCGAAAACCUAUUCGACUUCUACCAAUGCAAGCCGAACUUCGGACAUUAGAACUUUGGCGAUCUGUGAUGGCUGAAUGUCUGGCCACUUUCCUUUAUGUAGCCGUUGUCUGUGGAGCGGCAACCUCAGACGCAUCGCCUGUUCUUGGCGCGGCUGCCGCUUCCGGGUUUACUAUGCUCGCACUCACCGUGUGUCUCCAAAACGUUUCUGGGGGACACAUAAAUCCUGCUUUGACGACUGCCAUGCUGAUUACGAGAAGGAUAAGUCCUAUCAGAACAGUUAUGUUCAUAGCAGCGCAAUGCGGUGGCGCAGUGGGAGGUGCUGCCAUUAUAUACAGCGUUUCCGCCCGCAAUUAUUUCACCAGCUUAUACGAUCUUCCUAAUAGCAGCACAACACCAUGGCAAAGGUUCAGUCUGGGCCUUGUAUUGAUGUUUUUCAUAGUGUUCACGUACUACGUGACCAACAAUACAUUUCACAAAUGGACAGGAACGUCGGCAACAGCCAUAGGAGCAGUUUACUUUGCUUGUGGUCUCGUGGCGGUAAGACAUAACAAUCCAUUGCAGGUCCCGUUUAAAUUUCCUAUGAGUAACUUUUUACAGAUGCCGUUCAUUAAUCCAGCUUGUGCAUUUGGACCAGCGUUAGUCAUGAACCACUGGGAUAACCAUUGGGUGUAUUGGUUCGGACCAGGUGCUGGAGGAAUCAUUGCGGGAAUAGUAUACGAUUUGAUAUUCAAUCCUCAAAAAAGAAAAGCCACACUAGAUGAUCUACGCGAUGAUGAAAACAUGUGUCAGAUACAAGUACCCCACAAAGUAAUCAGACCUCCUCUUUCUCCCCCAACACUAUCGCCAGAAAUUGACAUACCUGAACCUUUGUAUGAAGGAAGUAAAUCACUGUACACUCGUUCACCCGUUUUAACUAGGGCUAACUUAAGCAGAUCACAAUCAUUGUACUAUUCUAAAUCCACACACAAUUUACCUCCACGGGACUACUUACCACGUCCAGGUCCCUUGUUACCAGCUCAAUCACUAUAUCCGCUCACAACUGCCUCAGCUACAACAGCUUGCAAUGAUAGAUCAGACCGCCAAAAUCAACAAAAUCAACAGAGACAAUACGAGCCCACUUAUGGUACAAGAAGUUCAACUACAACGACAACUAACAUUGCAAGUGGUAAUCAUAAUGGUGGAGUAUAUCCAAAAAGUAACAGAUCUGAUUCAUAUCGUCAACCUCCUAAAGAUUCAGCUGACGAUUUGUAUGGCAUGUAUGGCAACACUCAAAAUAAAACACAAAACCAUCAUGGCAAUCAUUCACGGAGUGAAUAUGUUUAUCGUUGGACACCUCCAAAUUCUGUUAUGCAUGAAUAUUCAUAACUUUUUUUUUGCUUCAUAAAUGUAUAUAAUUGUAUGAUAUUGUAUAUGCUAGAUAUUUAAAUAUGUAAAUUAUGUGUAUUUACAAUAAUUUUAAAAAUUAGAUUUUAAUUUUUAUUAUUUCAAAACAUAACUUAAUAUUAUGAAUAUAGAUGAAUGAAAUUAAAUAAUUAUUAACAUUUUUAA